AUGUCCCUUCGACCUCUUUCAUCGCCGAGUUUGUUCACCCGCGCGGAUGUUGGCGUCUUCGUCGUAGCGGCGACCGUUCUCUUUGCUGUUUAUCUCAAGCAACGAAACAGAGACCCCUAUCCUCCUGGACCCAAGGGCCUCCCGAUCAUAGGGAACAUACUCGACAUACCGGAAAAGAAGCCAUGGGUGGCGUACAGGGACUGGUCGCGUAAGAUGGACUCUCCCAUCAUCCGGUUGAACGCGAUGGGUACUACGAUAAUUGUGGUGAAUGACCGCGAGACUGCCAUUGACCUGUUCGAGAAACGAGGUGCGGUGUAUUCGGAUCGCCCCCGUAUGCCGAUGAUGAACGAAGCCUGUGGGUUCGCGUUCAACUUCGCAUUGAUCAACGAUGCCCACCAAUGGAAGAUGUCUCGCCGCGGAUUCGACAUGUUCUUCCGCAAAGCAAACGUUCAGCAGUUUCGGGAGCAUGAGAUGGCCAUGAUUCGUUCACUGUUGACCAGGCUACUAGAUUCUCCUGAGCGCUACGUUCAUCAUAUUCACUAUAUGACAGCAUCUAUGAUUGUCGAUAUUACAUAUGGCAUUCAGGCCAAGCCGGAGGAUGACCAUUUCAUCGAAAUCGCAGAAACGGCCCUCAGAGGACUCGAAAAAUCCACCAAUACGAGUAUCAUUGAUAUACUCCCUUGGGUUCAACAUGUGCCCAGCUGGCUACCCGGGAUGGGGUGGAAGAAGAAAGUAGACAUAUUGAAGAAACAGACCUUGCAGAUGGCCGAUGUGCCAUAUGCAUGGGUUAAGAAUCAACUUGAGAGAGGUCUCGCGAAGCCUUGUGUGGUAACGGACCUAGUUUCAAGGCUCGAGGAGGAGAUAAGCGACCAUUCCGAACGAGAGUACACUAUCAAGAGUAUUGCUGGUACUGUGUACGCUGGUACGUAUAUGCAUCAGACUGUUUCCGCUCUUCACUCCCUCUUCCUUGCAAUGACCCUAUUCCCCGAGGUUCAAAAACAUGCACAAGCAGAGAUCGACCGCGUCGUGGGAUCAGAGCGCAUGGCUGAGUUCGCUGACCAGGAUAAUCUUCCUUAUAUCACGGCUGUCAUGAAGGAAGUCCUACGCUGGGCCGCUCCGACCCCGUUAGGCGAGUGA